CCCUGCCGCAGCGCCGAGCGAUGCUGCUCUGAACCCCCUGCCCCCGAGAUGGCCCUCAGGAAACUGCUCCAGCAGAGCCACGAUGCCAACCUCGUCGCCUGCGGCACCGGCGAGGAGCAGGCUGCGCCGAUGGACAGCAGGAGGGUCCAGCAGCUGGCCAGCACGGUGGGCACGCUGCCACGGGGGCGCAAGCAGCUUGCCUUAGCCAGCUCCAGCUCCCUGGGUGACUUCUCCAGGCCACAAAGACACCUGGUUGCUAUCUUAAAAGAAGACAAGGAGCUGUUUGGGUUCGAAAUCCAGACCACUAGGCUUCCACACCAAAACGAUUGCCCUCUGGAGGUGCUCACCUACAUCUGCAAAAUUCAAGAGGAAAGCCCUGCCCAUCUUUCUGGUCUCCAGCCUGGUGAUAUCCUCUCCAGCAUCAAUGGUGUGAACACCUAUGGCUUCAGUCACAAGCAAAUAGUAGACUUGAUAAAGUCUUCAGGGAACUAUUUAAGGUUAGAGACUGUCAAUGGGGCCAUGUUCCUGCGGAAAAUGCAGCUGGAGACCAAGCUGCACCUCCUGAAGAGAAGCCUGCAGCAGAAGGUGGUGGAGCUGCGCUCGCUGCUGGUGCAGGAGCAGUGCUUGCUGCAUGGGGAGGUGAACGCCAACGCCACGCUGGGGCUGGAGCUGGGGCUGGAGGAGCCCAGCGUGCUGGGCGGCUGCAGCACAGCAGGAGCCCUCUUCCCAAGGCAGCAUCACUUCUCCAGCGGGAGCAGCUCCCGCCUGAGCUCCAUGACCCUGGGCAGCGAGGACAGCUUCUGCCAGAGCGCAGCCUUCGAGGACUCUGCCGCCGAGAGCCUGAGCCGCCAGUCCAGCAUGGACGAUGACUGCUUCCUCCCCAGGGAUGGGGACGGCGCCGCCAGCAGCAGCUCAUCCCUGCGCCGGAUCCGCAGCGUCAGCCUGGCCAGCAGCGGCUCCAUGUCGCCGCUCUGGGAGGGCAGCAGCUGCAGCAGCAGCUUUGGAACCCUUCCGCGCAAGAGCAGGAGGUCCAGCGUCCGGAAGCAGCUCCUCAAAUUCAUCCCCGGCCUGCACCGGGCGGUGGAAGAGGAAGAGACUCGAGUCUGA